AUGUCAGAGUCUCAAUUUCCACGGUCUCUUUUUCCUCAAUUUACCGAAGAAGAUUUUAAAGAAGCAAGUGAGAAUUUUAAGAGUUACGUGAAUUGGACGGAAUAUGAUAAGUGGGUUGAGGCCGGAUGUCCGUAUGAAGAGCACGACGAAAUACUUAUGAAUCUGAAUCUCGAACAUAAUGGAUCUUCUCAAACAAGAUCAACUGGAACCCGACGACAUGUUAACGGAAAAAGAGAAUACAUAAAUGAAAUUCGCCCUAACGGAAAUUCCAGGAAGACAAAUCAUAAAGUCGGGAAAACAAGCAAUGCAACUCCUUCCAAUGAAGGAACCAAAAUUGCCGUUUGUAAGAAAAGUGAACAUUGUAAUCAAGGCUCUGGACCAAACAACGUUCUCAACAUUAACAGGGUACACGAAUCAAAUGCUCCUAGAUCUACAAAAGGAUGA